CCUAAUGAAAUAUAUUCCUUGGAGUCGAUUCACGCUGCGUUGAAGACAGGCUUCACAAACAUCUCUCGUGGCGCAUUUACCUUACGUAAAAUUUCUCCCAUUACUCUAAUUAGACGGGGUAUAGAGCCGACAUUUCUCUGUAUAACAACUGGGCAGUGAUUCGCCGCGAUGUGGCUGACGAGCAUAGCAGUGGUCGUGGCAGUGACUCUGAACCAGCCGGGAGAGGAACCGCACGAAUUUUGGCGUAAACAGGCAUCGGAGAGCACUGGGUCUGAUACUUUCGCAUCACCUGGGAACAUAGUAUACAG